AUGGGCAUGUAUCACCCUAAUUGCCUCCUCCUAGUCCUGACCGCCUUGUUGUAUGUUUCGGCUACUGCCACCACAUAUGAAGGAGUAGGAGGAGAAGAGCACAAUUACCCUCCCAAGUACCCUCCUCCUUCUCCUCCUCUAAGGGGUGGGUAUUUCCCCAUUCGCAACUUGAGCGACCCACAUUUGAGGGAAAUCACGGAAUUCGCUCUCUCCAAAUACAACAAGAUUCAUAACCCAAAACUGGUGUUGCAGAAGUUGGUUCAAGGACAGUAUCAAAUAGUGUCGGGAGUCAAUUACAAGCUUAUCAUUGCGGUUGUCGAUUCUUCUUUGGUCAAUAGCGGCCCCAUCAACUAUGAGAUCAUUGUGUUUGAGAAGCCUUGGAUGAAUAUUAAGAAACUGAAGUCUUUUAUUCGAGUCCAAAUUAAUAAACUUUAA